AAAAAGCGUCUUGUUCCAUCCGAAGUUCCCGGUGGGGAGACACUCUCUCCUCAGAAGUCCGCUUCUCUGGAAUCCAGAGUCACAGAAAUAGACCGUCUCUGCCCCGACUGCAAGGCCCGUGAUCCUCAGGAACCCGUCCACUGGAUCUUCCAGUUGAGGACACAUCACAGC